AUGCCGGACGAGACGGAGCCCCUCCUCCCUCGCUAUGAGGAUGACACUCCCCGUCAGCGUCAACUUCACCAAAAGCUGCAUACCUACCAGAUGUUCCGCGCCCUAUCUGAGGGGUACAUGCCAUCCACUGAACAGACCAUCGCCAACCUACGUACCCUACUCGCCUCGGAUGUACUGAACCUUCGAAACCAGGAAAUCGGCAGCCACGGUCGCCAGCUGGUGCGCGAUGCGCGUCUCUGGACCGAGGCCUGCAUUGAUUUCCUGCGCACCAAAAAUAGCCAGGAUCAACUGCAGGACUUUCUCUGGCACCUGUCCCGAUCGCGGAUGGCACUGGAUAGCUCCCGUGUCUCCUACACCGCGGCCCACGUGAAAGCGCGUGCUGAUACCAAGGCUGCGUACGAUAGCUUCCGUACCAUUGGGAGCUUGCUUCUGACCAACGCUGAUUUCCGUCUUUUUGUCGAUGACGUUGCCACUGUUGGUCGUCAGAUCUUCGCUGACACCGCCUCCUCCCUCUCGGAGACCUCUAAAAAGGUCGCAGAGCAAAUCAAACCCUCCGAGGAAGAAGAGCAAGCAUUGACGGGCCCCGGUGCUGAUGAGGAGCAUCGCAUCUCGCGGGAGGAAGUACAGGCCGAACUGGCUGAUGCGGUCAAAGUAGCUGGAGAAGCUGCCACAGAAACUGGCGAGGCGGCUGUCGAAAGCGCCCGUGAGCACCUCGCCGGCAAAGAGAAAGAGACUCUAUUGUAUCGCAUUAAGCAAACGGUACUGAAUCUCCGCCAGCGAACCGACUAUUCGGACUCAGUCUCCACCAUCACCCAGCUGGUGCAGCGCUACGCCAUUCUCUACGCUAACGCAGCUGAAGAUACAGCCUCGGCUGCACAGGAAGAUGUCGAAUUCAAUUCCGAUUUGAAACAGGCAGUGGAUCAAUUUUGGGGACUAUUACGAUCAUUCGGUCGAGCAGAGGAGUGGGAUCGUCUUCAGCUCAAGUUCCAUGAUGUCCUACGCCAUGUGAAUAAGGAUCCCGAGUUUGAACGACUGAUGGGAGAAGUAGGCAGCUCGCUUCAGGAUAUGCUAACCGACCCGGAGUUUUUCGAGUCAGCCCCACAAAAGCUGGAGGACCUACAGCAGCAGUCGGAGAAGGUCGGGUCCGAGAGUGGUCUUCGUCAAGACGUGCAUGACUUUCUCACUCAGGCUAAGCGGACCUUGAGCACGGUGCCUGAUGACCCGGCUGUUUUCAAGCUGAUCAAUGCGACUAAGAAGAUCUAUGGAGAUGCGUGGGUUGCGUACAACAGCCACACAACAAAUUUUCCAGCAGACCUGGCCAAUGUUGCCUUCCCUGUUUUCCUACGGAUGAUUCAAUAUGUGCCAAUUCCUCGCCUAGAGGUCUCCGCCCCAGAAAUGGACCUGUUGUUGGAAAAUCUUGUCCUGGAGCCCGGCCACACGGUCAACUAUUCAUCUUUCCUCCCCUACCGCAUGCACCUGCUCACACAGAACGACAUUGAAAUAGUCAAAAAGCAUUCCAAGCGGACGGACACAAAUAUCAAGACCAUGUUCCAGCUCUCCUUUAACGGUUUGAAUAUAAGUGCCAAGGACUUUGGUUACUGGUUUAAGACUCACCACCUCUUCUUCCGUUUGCGAGACGAAGGAAUUGCCAGCUUCUACCUUGACCGUCGCGGCGUCGACAUCUCUCUCGACAUUGAGAUCGGCCGUGACAGACUGGAACACAUCUUUACCCUCCGCGGAGUGCGUGUGCGCAUCCACAAGCUCGACUACCAGGUACAGAAGAGCAAAUGGAAGUUCCUGUUAUGGUUGACCAGGCCCUUCCUUAAGCCCCUUAUCCGUCGUGUCUUGGAAAGGAAAAUUGCAGAAGAAAUUGUGAAUGCUGCUUCUGUUUUGAACCGAGAACUGGUGUUUGCCCGAGAGCGUUUGCGGGCUACGCGCAUCGCUAACCCUCAAGACUUGACUACCUUUGUACGUGCCGUGCUGGCGCGAUUGGUACCCGCCGAUACUGAUGUCGAGACCCGAAUUGGCGUGGAACCUCCGGACAGUGGCGUUUUCAAGGGCAUCUAUGCCCCAGGUAGUAUUGUCAAGACGUGGCAUGACCAGGCCACUGGUGCCCAGGAAGCAAUUGAGGAUGGCGACGAAACUCAUGGACUAGGAUACACGUGGCGGAACGAUAUCUUCAACGUGGCUGGAUAUCAUUGA